ACCCAUUGUUUGCUUCAUCAUUAGCAAAGCCAAGUUUGUUUGGCUUUCUUUUUGUGUAUUGAGGUUACUUUAAUUUGGAUACAAUUUCUUUUGAUUUGUUUGGUAAGUUUGAAUUCCUCAAGGCCACAAGUUCAAAUUUGAUAAUUGCUUCUUUAGUUUGUUUAGAACUUUAAGAGUUAAAAGGGAGUGGUAAAAGGCUGUGUGGUGAGACUAAAAGAGGGUAAAAGCCAUUCGAGGGAUACACGAGGGUUGAGUGAACUAUUUUUGAGAGAAACACGUGAGUGAGUGUUGGGAGGAAGUAAAUUAUUAUUAUUAUUAUUAUUAUUAUUUUUUAUUUUUUUGGCAGAAAUAUAAGAUGGGUGAUCAAAACCCCCCACCAAACCUUCAAGUUCAAGCUAUGAUGGAUGAAAUGCGACGUUUGAUGACAAAUGAAUUUAACCAAGUACAUGAAAGAAUGGACCGAAUGGAGGCACAAGUACAAAGAACUCGAUCUCGAGCAUCAUCACAGGUUUCUAACGGGGAAGAGGAGGAUGAUGGUUGGGAACCUGAAAGGCGACCAAAUAGAAGGAGGUCACGAAGAGAUGACAAUUUAAGUUCUAUUAAAAUGAAAGUUCCUUCUUUCAAAGGCAAGUCAGACCCGGACGCGUACAUUGAAUGGGAGACAAAAAUGGAGUUCAUAUUUGAUUGUCAUGAAUAUUCCAACCGUAAGAAGGUAAAACUAGCCGUAGUUGAGUUUUCUGAUUAUGCACUAACAUGGUGGGAUCAACUUCUAAUCACUAGACGGAGAAAUGGAGAAAGGCCUAUUGAGACAUGGGAUGAAAUGAAGAGUGUCAUGCGAAGACGGUUUGUGCCAAGUCAUUACUUUCGUGAUCUCCACAAUAAACUUCAAAGCUUAAAACAAGGCAGCAAGUGUGUUGAUGAUUACUUCAAAGAAAUGGAGGUUAUGAUGGUUCGUGCCAAUAUUGAGGAGGAUCCUGAGGCAACCAUGGCCAGAUUCUUAAAUGGCUUAAAUCUUGAAAUUCGUGAUCGCGUUGAGAUGCAACAUUAUGUUGAAAUUGAAGACAUGGUCCAUAUGGCUGUUAAAAUUGAGAAACAAUUAAAAAGAGGUGGCGGGUCUCGAAAUAACACUUGGAAGGCUAGUACUUCAAAAAAAUCAGAAAAUACACCUACUUCUUCUUUUAAUUCCAAAUCUGAUCCUAAAACAACAAACUCUUCAAAAGGAAAAACUGAUUCUUCUACUUUUAGGAAUCGUGACAUAAAGUGUUUCAAGUGUCAAGGAAGGGGUCAUAUUGCAAGUCAAUGUCCAAAUAAGCUUACCAUGGUGGUUAGAGAAAAUGGCGAGAUCGAAACGGAUGAAUCAGAUUCUAUAGUUUCAACGGAAGAUUGUAGUUAUGAUGAAGAGGUGGCUGUUCAAGGUGAUUUGUUGGUUGCAAGACGAGCUCUAAACAUUCAAUCCAAGGAGGGAGACGAUGCCCAAAGGGAGAAUAUAUUUCAUACUCGUUGCUAUGUUCAAGGCAAGGUAUAUAGUGUUAUAAUUGAUGGUGGGAGUUGUACUAACGUUGCAAGUACUUCCAUGGUUGAAAAGUUAGGUAUACCCACGAUGAAGCAUCAAAAACCAUACAAACUUCAAUGGCUCAAUGAUAGUGGUGAGGUGCGAGUUACAAAACAGGUGAUGGUUUCAUUUCGGAUUGGAAGAUAUGAAGACGAGGUGUUGUGUGAUGUUGUUCCUAUGCAAGCCACUCACUUGCUGCUAGGUAGACCAUGGCAAUAUGAUAGACACGAAUUUGGAGACUUGUUUGCUGAGGAUGUUCCAAAUGGAUUGCCACCAAUUCGUGGGAUUGAACACCAAAUUGACUUUAUGCCUGGGGCGUCUAUUCCCAACAAACCAGCCUAUAGAACAAGCCCUGAAGAAACCAAGGAGCUACAAAGGCAAGUUGAAGAGUUACUUGCAAAGGGAUUGGUUCAAGAAAGUAUGAGCCCUUGUGCCGUUCCAGUCUUGUUGGUGCCAAAGAAGGAUGGUUCUUGGAGGUAUGUGGUGAGCUCCCAAGGAGUGGCUGUUGAUGAAGAAAAUGUAAAAGCCAUCCAAGAUUGGCCAACUCCAAAGACUAUAAGUGAAGUUCGAAGUUUUCAUGGCCUGGCAAGUUUUUAUCGCCGGUUUGUCAAACAUUUUAGCACUUUAGCAUCACCACUUACAGAAAUCAUCAAAAAGAAUGUUGGGUUUAAAUGGGGCAAAGAACAAGAGCAUGCUUUUCAACAACUCAAGUUUCACUUAACUCAUGCUCCUUUGUUGUCUUUGCCUAAUUUUGACAAAACAUUUGAAAUUGAAUGUGAUGCAUCAGGAAUUGGAAUUGGUGCUGUUUUGAUGCAAGAGGGUAAACCUUUGGCAUAUUUCAGUGAAAAAUUAAGUGGGGCAACUUUAAAUUACCCAACUUAUGACAAAGAGCUUUAUUCUUUGGUCCGAGCAUUGAAAACAUGGCAACAUUAUCUGUGGGCUAAAGAAUUUGUAAUUCAUUCAGAUCAUGAGUCCUUAAAGUUUCUAAAAGGACAACACAAAUUAAACAAAAGACAUGCUAGGUGGAUGGAGUUCAUUGAGACAUUUCCUUAUGUCAUCCGAUACAAGAAAGGUAAGGAAAAUGUUGUGGCUGAUGCUUUGUCACGUAGACAUAACGGUUUUUUGUUCAAAGAAUCAAGACUUUGCAUUCCUAAAUCUUCCUUGCGUGAGCUUUUGGUUAGAGAAGCACAUAGUGGAGGCCUUAUGGGACAUUUUGGGAUCGCAAAAACAUUAUCUACUUUGCAGGAACAUUUCUUUUGGCCAAAAAUGAAGGUGGAUGUUGGAAGAAUUUGCAAUAAUUGUAUUGUGUGCAAGCAAGCCAAAUCCAAGGUUCAACAUCAUGGUUUAUAUACUCCACUUCCAAUACCAUGUGAACCAUGGGUUGAUAUUUCAAUGGACUUCGUGUUGGGUCUACCAAGAUCCAAAAGUGGAAAGGACUCUAUUUUUGUGAUUGUUGAUAGGUUUUCUAAAAUGGCUCAUUUUAUUGCAUGCAAUAAAACUAAUGAUGCAUCUCACAUUGCUGAUUUGUUUUUUAGAGAAAUUGUCAGGUUGCAUGGAAUGCCAAAAACCAUUGUCUCAGAUCGGGAUUCUAAGUUUUUGAGUUAUUUUUGGAAAACUUUGUGGGCAAAAUUAGGGACAAAACUCUUGUUUUCAACAACUUGCCACCCACAAACGGAUGGUCAAACAGAAGUGGUGAAUAGGACCUUGUCCACCUUGUUGAGGGCUUUAAUAAAGAAGAACAUCAAAACAUGGGAGGACUGUUUGCCACAUGUUGAGUUUGCAUACAAUCGUGCCACUCAUUCUGCUACAAAAAUGUCACCAUUUGAAAUUGUAUACGGUUUUAAUCCUUUGACUCCUUUGGAUUUAUCACCUUUGCCUUUUUCUGAGCAGGUUAACUUAGAUGGAAACAAAAAGGCUGAAUUUGUGAAACAGAUACAUGAGAAAGCAAGACUAAAUAUAGAAAGAAGAACGGAGCAAUAUUCAAAACAAGCGAAUAAAGGGCGACGCAAGAUGAUUUUUGAACCGGGUGAUUGGGUUUGGUUACAUAUGAGAAAAGAACGAUUUCCAGCCCAACGACGUUCAAAAUUGCUUCCAAGAGGGGACGGUCCUUUCCAAGUUUUAGAGCGUAUCAAUGACAAUGCAUACAAAUUGGACCUGCCGGGUGAGUAUAAUGUUAGUGCAACUUUCAAUGUAACUGAUCUAGCUCCUUUUGAUGUAGGUUCUGAUUUGAGGACAAAUCCUUUUCAAGAGGAGGGGAAUGAUGCAAACCCACAGCUGUCAACAAAGGAUCCAAAUCAAAUGCCAGAUGGACCAGUUACGAGGGCACGAGCUAAAACAUUCAAAGAGGCUUUAAAUGGAUUGGUUAGAGAAGUUUGUACUCAAGAAAGUCUAUGGAGACCCAUUGGACCCAAUCAAAGUUGGAUUACCAUAAUUCAAGUCCAAGAGUGA